CGGUGGCUGGUGAGGCUCAGUGAACCCUGCGGAGUUGGCGAAACUCGAGGAAGGAGGGAGAUCCAUAGAGUUCAGCGGCCGCGAGGCUGUAGCCUAGGAGGAAUGCUUGUGAACAAUCUCUCAUUGUGCUACCACAACAAACUCAUCUUAGCCCCUAUGGUUCGGGUAGGGACUCUGCCCAUGCGGUUGCUGGCCCUGGACUAUGGCGCGGACCUGGUGUACUGCGAGGAGCUGAUCGACCUCAAGAUGCUUCAGUGCAGGAGAGUUGUCAAUGAGGUGCUCAGCACUGUGGACUUCGUAGCCCCUGAUGACCGUGUUGUCUUCCGCACCUGUGACAGAGAACAGAGCAGGGUCGUCUUCCAGAUGGGAACUUCAGACGCUGAGCGAGCUCUUGCUGUGGCCAGACUUGUAGAAAAUGAUGUAGCUGGUAUUGAUGUCAACAUGGGCUGUCCAAAAGAGUAUUCCACCAAGGGAGGAAUGGGAGCUGCUCUGCUGUCAGACCCUGACAAGAUUGAAAAGAUCCUGAGCACUCUUGUUAAGGGAAUACGUAGACCUGUGACCUGCAAGAUUCGCAUCCUGCCAUCGCUGGAAGAUACCCUGAGCCUCGUGAAGCGGAUCGAGAGGACUGGCAUUGCUGCCAUCACAGUUCAUGGGAGGAAGCGGGAGGAGCGACCUCAGCACCCUGUCAGCUGUGAGACCAUCAGAGCCAUUGCUGAAACCCUCUCUAUUCCUGUCAUAGCUAAUGGAGGAUCUCAUGACCACAUCCAAGAGUACGUGGACAUAGAGGACUUCCGACAAGCCACGGCAGCCUCUUCAGUCAUGCUGGCCCGGGCGGCCAUGUGGAACCCAUCCAUUUUCCUCAAGGAGGGUCUGCGGCCCCUGGAGGAGGUCAUGCAAAAGUACAUCAGAUACGCUGUGCAGUAUGACAACCACUACACCAAUACCAAGUACUGCUUGUGCCAGAUGCUGCGAGAACAACUGGAGUCGCCCCAGGGAAGGUUGCUGCACGCCGCCCAGUCUCACCGGGAGAUCUGCGAGGCUUUUGGACUUGGUGCCUUCUAUGAGGAGACCACACAACAGCUGGAUGCUCGGCGUGCUGAGUUCUUGGCCAAGACCCCAAAGGGGGAGCCAGCUGAAGAUUCCUGUGGUGUCAUUAAGAUGGCUGUCAAGUUUGACCGGAGAGCUUACUCACCUCAGGUCACCCCCAAGAUGUGCCUGCUGGAGUGGUGCCGGAGGGAGAAGCUGGCACAACCCGUGUAUGAAACGGUUCAACGCCCUCUGGAUCGCUUCUUCUGCUCAGUUGUCACUGUUGCUCAGCAAAAGUACCAGUCCACCUUAUGGGACAAGUCCAAGAAACUGGCGGAACAGGCUGCAGCUAUCGUCUGUCUGAGGAGCCAGGGUCUCCCUGAGGGUCGGCUGGGUGAGGAGAGCCCCUCUUUGCACAAGCGCAAGCGGGAGACUCCUGACCAAGACCCUGGGGGACCCCAGGUUCAGGAGCCAACCGUGCCUGGAUCCCAGGCUCAGAAGCCAGCCGUGUCUGGGGAGCUGUGCAAGAAGCCCUUUGUGGCCUUGGGAAGUGGUGAAGAAAGCCCCCUGGAAGGCUGGUGACCACUGUCCCUUCGCUGGUCGCCCCAUGCAUGGGCUUGGCCCUUAGAUGACUGUGGGUGCCGCACAUGAACCACUUGCCACUGGACAUUUUGCUGGCCCUGGCAGGAGUUCGGCCCUGACCCAGGCCGUCAGCCUGGAGCACAGGCCAAGGGGUGCCCAGGGUGCGUGAUUCUCUUGGCGGGUCGGAAGCAGGGCUACAUUUCCAGCAGUCUCGGUAUUUUCUGUGAAAACAGGAGCUUUUCAGGUACCACCUCCCUUACCUGACACUGGUACAGUGCAAUAAAGAUACCCCUCCCUUCCCCUCGGCUGACUGACCCAGCCCUGGGCGUCUCUUA